CCACGUGAAUGAGUUCUAUGAUCCUACCGGAACCUAUUACAGUGGUGCUAAGCCGACCGAUUGAAAACCGUCGGACAAAAACCAAAGGGCAAACUUGUUCAACCUGUAUGAUGUUGUAGCUAAAACCAUUGAUUAUUUGUAUCUAAUCACCGACGAUGUGGGUCGCCAGGCGAUUUCUGUCGUCGGUCGCUCAGAGAAGUCAGUAUGCAGGACAGUCUGGCUUAUUCCGUCGCCCUCAGCACGGCUGCCUCCCUGAGCUGGAGCUGCGGUAUCUCCAGUGCACAUGUUGCUGGCGGAGCCGGGUUCCCGUGGCAGGCUUUGAGACCCUGAACGCCACUAUCUCCUCCACGUCUGAGCCCUGCAAAGAGGACAACAGAUCCCUGGAUGCCUGCUACACCUCCGAACAACGAGACGCCAUCCUCCAGCUGCUCAACACCGCCACGCCGUCGGAGAUGGCAGGCGUCAAGCUCCUGAGAGGCCGCAAGUCGCUCAACGUUGUGGAAUACAGGACUAAAAACGGACCCUUUAAAACUCUGGAGAGUGUGGUGAAUGUACCACUGCUGAAGCACAAAAGUGCCGUAAUAGUGUUCAACUCCAUUCUCAACCCGGUUAAGAAAGAGAGGAAAGUGAGGAUUCAGUUGGCAAAGUUUAUCAGGCCAGAGGUUGACAGGUCCUGGUUGGAGGAUGCAACUAGCAUUGUAUCACUAAUAUGUGGAACUAAUAAAAUCGCCUGGGCUCAUGUGGACCGUGGGAUGACAGUACUGGAUUGGCAACAGGUGGAAUGUCCAAAUUUCUUGAGGGGAACAUACAUGGCUUCUGCUUACUUGAAUGAUGUUUCCACUGUUCUGGCACUACUCCCAUCAGCUGACUUCUACAUAAUAGAGAAGUCGUCCAUCUCCGUACAGAAUACGGCUCUCUUUCCUGUCAUGGCCCACAUGAGGACUGUGGAGGCCAUGCUGUUCGCUCUGCUUGAGCCAAGAAACUCAUCGCCUGAGUCCAACAUUCCUCCGAGAGUUUUGAACAUGAUGCGUACUGCUGUGGGACGUCACUUUGGACUCAUGGUGGGCGAGUCGCGGACCAGUGGAGCACAGACGGUGCGACAGCUGAUGACAGAGUCGGUGACACAGAAGCUUCCCAGGAUAAACUUCCCCCCAGAGCUGCUGGUAAAGUACAGGAAUUCUUUCCAGAUGGGCAGCAGAAGAGGAGGAGAGGAACUCUGUGAUGCUCUGCUUCAGGCUGUUGCUUUUUACGAGCUGCUCAGCGAAUCUUCCAGUUAACCACUACAUGUGGCCGAUCUGAUGCCUCAACCGUGCACUACAUCCACCAAAACAAACCUGAGUGGCAUUCUGCCUUUUCAGACUUUUACCAAACAUUUACCUCUUGAACAGAUGUGAUGGUGGGUGAUGGUACAUUUCACGUAUUUAAUAUUCUGUUACAUAAAACACUCUUAAUACCGUUUUUUCUUUUUUUUGGGGGGGGGGGGGGGAAGAUGCUAAGAGCACGAGGGUUGCUGAGAACACGAGGGUUGCUGCAGUGUUAUUGCUGCUAUUGAUCUAGUUCGAUUUGGACACUUGCAUAAAAUAAAUGCUGUUGGUUUUCAACUACUGUUGGUUUGUAAUAAAAUGUUAUGGAUUAUGCAAUAA